CCUUGGGAAGCUGAUGGCCAGAAGAGUCCUGGGAAAAGCACUAGCCACUGUAUCUCUCUCUGUGGCCUUGGUUUCUGUGAGUGUCACGUCCUUGAGCUGUCGCAGCAUCCCAGCAUACAGAAACUCAUUUUCAUCUUGUUCAUUUCAUCUUAAUUCCUUUAUCAUGUCUGACUCUCAUGAUGCCAAAAGGAAUUCCCACAAGAAGGCUCGAACAUCUCCUUACCCAGGAUCCAAAGUUGAACGAAGCCAGGUUCCCAAUGACAAAGUGGGCUGGCUGGUUGAGUGGCAAGACUAUAACCCAGUAGAAUACACUGCUGUCUCGGUCUUAGCUGGACCCAGAUGGGCUGAUCCUCAGAUCAGUGAAAGAAAUUUUUCUCCCAAGUUCAAUGAAAAGGAUGGACACGUUGAGAGAAAGAGCCAGAAUGGCCUGUAUGAAAUUAAAAAUGGAAGACCUAGAAAUCCUGCAGGCAGAACGGGACUUGUUGGCCGGGGCCUUCUGGGGAGAUGGGGCCCCAAUCAUGCUGCAGAUCCCAUCAUAACUAGAUGGAAAAGAGAUAGCAGUGGAAAUAAAAUUGCUCACCCCGUCUCUGGAAAAAACAUUUUACAAUUUGUUGCCAUAAAAAGGAAAGACUGUGGAGAAUGGGCAAUCCCUGGGGGCAUGGUGGAUCCAGGAGAGAAGAUUAGUGCCACACUGAAAAGAGAAUUUGGUGAGGAAGCUCUCAAUUCCUUACAGAAAACUAAAGCUGAGAAGAGAAAAAUAGAAGAACAGCUGCACAAACUCUUCAACCAAGAACAUCUAGUGAUAUAUAAAGGAUAUGUUGAUGAUCCUCGAAACACUGAUAAUGCCUGGAUGGAGACAGAAGCUGUAAACUACCAUGAUGAUACAGGUGAAGUAAUGGAUAAUCUUACUUUGGAAGCUGGAGAUGAUGCUGGGAAAGUCAAGUGGGUGGACAUCAGUGAGAAGCUCAAGCUUUAUGCCAGUCACUCUCAGUUCAUCAAACUUGUAGCAGAGAAACGAGAAGCUCACUGGAGUGAGUGCUCUGAAGCUGGCAACCCUGGGGUAUAG